CGCGCCAUUAUCAGAUUCUCCCCCAAAUUACUUUCAUUUUCCAAUUGAUUCGUAGCUCUCUUUAGUUCAAUUUGUGCCUUCCUUACUGAUCUUCCAUCAGCUACAGUUGUUUCUCCAGGUUUGUUUCAGUGAAUGAUUUUAGAAAAAUUCUGUAUUUUUCCGCUGGUUUGUUCUUCGGAUUGUGUAAUUCUUCUCUCAUUUGUCGAUUUAGGGUACUGGGUUUUGUUCUCCCUUCUGUUAUCUGGUGGUGGGUGGACGAAUUUGGGGUGUGGGCUUUUCUAGAACGGCACCAAAUCUUCACCUCCAACUUUUCGUGAUGGCGGACUUGCCUAGCAGAGCAUUGGUGUUGUACGGUGAUGGAUUGGCUAAUUUUGUUGAUUCAUCUCACGUCCAUCUCCACUCGCUUGCAUCUAAAGCUUCUUGUGGCUUCCUGAGUCUCCCUAAUGCCCCUCCAUCAGAAACUGAGGAUGAGAGGAUAGUUAGGGAAUUCGCUUUGCUUAUGGACUCCUGGGAUGCCGCUUACAAGGGCACGAAUAACGCCUCAACUCCAUCCAUUUCAGAUAGGUUCAUGGAAAUGAAGGCUGCCAUAGUUACCAAGAACCCUUCUUUGAAAUCUUUUGGUGUUAAACUUGGCUUCACUGUACUGCCAUCGGAUGAUGUUUCGUCGGAUUCUAUGGGUUUAGAGUUGAUGAAGCUGCUGGGGUUUCAACAAGGAAAUGUGGUAGACACUAAUCAAUUUGAUCUAGUGUUUGUGCACAUGGGUGCCGGGGAAAGAGAGGGUGGUGAUAAAGACGAUUUUGGUGCCAAGGCUGUUGCUUUCAUUGAUUCUCUAGUUGCUGCAAUAAUGAAUGCAGCACAACCUGGUUCAGCAAUUGGCUCGCGUCUACACUUGUCACUUGUGAUGAGCUAUGGAUCCGUUUCGGAGAUCAACAGUGCUGAAACUUCGGUUUUGAUUUCGAAUAAUGAGCUGAAUCCCAAGCUUUUGGCGCUUUUUCCUCGACAGAGUUACACCAUGAGAGGGGAACAACCCCGACCUGAUGUCAGGCACAACGGCCCAAUGUUAGUUGCUCAAUUGCAAUAUGCUGUGACCCGAAUGGACAAAGCGCAAGUGUUUGCUUUUAAAGAUUUCAAAGAGCAUGGUGGAAACCUCGUAAUACCAGCUGAUCGGUUUCUCCAUGAAGUUGCAUUUAAGCUGUGGAAGGCUCCAAAAUAUGGAGCUUGAUCUGGGCUUCCCCUCCCAAUUCCAGUUGUUAGUCAUAUAUAUGACAUCCCCAGUGCCCUUAAGGCCUUAACAUAAGGAUCUUAGUUUAGAUAUGCUGUACUUUAUUUGGUCAUUUGCUGAUGCAUCCUGUUCUUGUAACCAAUAACUGCUCACAGAGUUCAAAAUAAGAAAUAUAUGGUGCAAAAUUAUGUGACUUCAACUAACGAAUUUGGUCACCCUCUUCUUCUUCUUCUUCUUCUUCUCCAGUCUUUGCAUAUUUGUUUGAUGAUGAAUGAGUACCAUGUACCAUGGAAAUGGAUCUUCUCAAAGCAUUGUGUGAUUUUGCUUCGAUACUCUAAUUUGAAUGGUAUAUUUUGUUCAAAUUUCAUUGCAACCCCAUUAAAUACAAAUAAAAUCGUCUAAUCGAGACCAGAUUAGUUCAAACGUGCUUUUGAUUUGGUUUUCAUCUCCUUUAUUUUGCAUUUGGUCCUUAUAUCAAUUCAAUUCAAAUUUAUACCAAAUUGGAUCAUGUUCAUCUCUAGCGUCCUAUCUAACAUAACAUUGCACAUCACUCCUCUUGAAAGCAUAUGCGUAACCAAUUUGGGUUAAGGCUAUGGCAAAAAAAAAAAAAAAACCAAUUUGGGUUAAGGAUAGAAUUUCCUUAACUCUAUAUGUACAAGUCGUUUGAUUAAGGAAUCGUACAUUUUACUGGUUCGGUGACAUAAUAACCGGCAACUCCAUAUAUUUAAGAAAAUAUCACCAUAUUGUAUAACUAUGUGUUCUAGAAAUGCCAAGAUGAGAUUAUGACCAAUUUAGAGAUUUCUAAAUUUACAUUGCAUGAGGCAAACUAUAGGGACAGGUUCAAUGCCUCUUCAAGUCCUUAGCAACCACUUUCUUCACGAGGCCCUUAAUCGAGUACUACGAUCCCACCAAACCACCAAAUCAUUUAACAUUGCACGAGUGCCAUACUCAAAACAACUUAAAGCCAAACCAAAUUCCCCAUUUUUUCUUGCCUCCUCACUCCUUUUUGUUGAAACCAUAAGAAAGAGGAGCCGACAAUGGUAGGAAGAAACGAAACAAGGAAGAGAAAAGCACAAUCAUGACAACAGACGUACACAAUAUUUUAUGAUCCAUGAAGCUACAUGCGGUUAUACAAUAGGUUGACAAUUUUUCUUUUUGGUCGGACUUGCAUUGAAGUCAUCCCCAUCAAACACAAGCAUAUAGCCAAUAACUUUGCGUUUGUUUUAAGUGGGGUUUUCUUCUAUGGAGGGUUAGGGUCAUUUGACUCAAAGUUGCAAAGAAUUUUCAGUUGUUGUGUUGAGAAUUGAGAUUGGUUUUCGUGGUGGAGUUAGAAAUUUGAAUGAGGAGAUCAACUUAAAUCAUGAUAAUUGGGAAAGGGAGAUUAAGGCCUUAUAAAUUAUUAUAUUUUUAAUUUGUUAUGAAUUACAUAUGUAAUUUUAUCAAUAUUCAAAUUUGAUAGAGGACUAUAACCCCUCCUGACUUCAAACUAACUCAUAUUUGGUUCGUAAACUACAUAGUAUAAUGCAAUGAAUAGGACUCAAAGGUCUAGUUUGUUGAGUUGAAGACGAGAUCAUGUCUCCACUUUAUGCCUUAUAAUUUAUUUAACUUUUAUCUGUUAACAUUUUCUCUAGAUUAUCUUUCUUUUAUGUCUUAUAUUGUGCAAUAACCUUUGACAUGAGAGUCCAGAACAUGUGUCGUACUCACUUCUCCACGGAUUUUGUUUGCAAAAAAAAAAACAAAAGAUCGUCUGAAUAUAUAGGUUGAAUCGAAAUUCAAAAUAUAUUGUGAUUGGAUAUCUUAAGUGAUAUGACCAAUACUCAUUUCUUCUUUCUUUUUAUUGAUGUCGAUUUUUGUUUAUAGUAAAAUUAUUUUAUCGUUGCCACGGGAAUCAAUAAGGCUAGAAAUCGUAC